AUGGACUCGUCGUCCUCUCUUCCUCUGCCUCCAGCUCCAGAGAUUCCUUCAGCAUUUACAGCAAGUUUCAAGAGUUGGUGGCAUGUUGGCGAGAAACAGGCUGCAAUCAGCGAAGAGCGGCUCUUGCGCCGUCUCCCAUUCUUCAACUCAUCUACCUCAGAUUCACCCGUCGUUGCCACCUCCACUAGAGUUGAUCUUCACACCUCAAAGCAAUACCUCAACACUCUCUCCAUGGUCUCUACAUCUCCUUCCCCAGGUGCACCCCCACCUGCAGUCAUGCUUCAUGGCUACGGCGCCGGCCUCGGCUUCUUCUUUAACAACUUCGCUCCUCUGGCACAGUGGGCUGGCAGGCGUGGCUCGGCUGUGUACGCCCUCGACUGGUUAGGCAUGGGUCGUUCGGCACGUGUUCCAUUCACCGUCAAGGCCAAGCGUGAUGAUGUCUCUGCCCGCGUCCACGAGGCAGAGUCAUUUUUUAUAGACUCCUUGGAGGAGUGGAGAGCCAAGAUGGGGUUGGACAGUAUGACUCUUAUCGGACAUUCAUUGGGCGCCUAUCUCAGCGUGGUUUACGCGUUGCGCCACCCAGAAAGAGUGAACAAGCUCAUACUCCUCUCACCUGCUGGUGUUCCUCGCGGCCCAAAUUUCACAGAACCGUCAAGAGAAUUGACUGACCACGGUGACGGGCAAGAAGACGAGAACGCUUCUGCCACUCCAACGAGGCCAAGGGAGCUUUCAUCCGUAGAGCGAGCUUCGCGUCGGAGGAUCAGCCAUAUUCGUGAUGAACAAAAAGAGAACAAGAAACAAGAAAGUCGCACUCGUCGUCUCUUCACGUAUCUAUGGGAGGAAGGCUGGAGUCCAUUCCAGGUCGUCAGAUCAACAUUGUUUUGGGGACCCAUGUUGAUUGGCAAGUACUCCUCUCGUCGUUUCUCCGGUCUAACGGACGAAGACACACGAGACAUGCACGAUUAUAUCAUGAACAUCACCCUAGCGAAAGGCUCUGGAGAAUAUUGCAUAUCACAUUUAUUAGAACCGGGUGCACAUGCACGGAUGCCCAUUGUGGAUCGGAUAGAUGCCCUCAAGAUUCCCGUCACUUUUGUUUAUGGUGAUCACGACUGGAUGGACCCUAUAGGUGGUCAACAGAGCGUCGAGCGACUAAGACAAGCCGGGAACGGUCAGGGUAGGAUGUACAUCGUCAACAAUGCUGGUCAUCAUGUGUAUCUGGAUAACACGAGGGCGGUCAACGAACUUCUUAUCAAGGAAUUGGAACGUCCUACUUCAAAAUUCAAUGACAUACCCGCACAAGAUGAACUGUAA